AUGGGGAACGUACCUACAAAGGAAACAAGAAGUAGAUCUAAUUCAUUAAUUUCAGAAUUCACAACUACUAAUACAUCAUCAUCAUCAACGAAACAGAGAAGAAGAAAUACUACAUCUUCAUCAACUACUCAGUCGAAUGGUCAUCAAAGAACCAAUUCAACAGAUUUAAGGAAAUUAAAAAGACAAGAAGAAAAAGAUCGAGUUCAGCAACAACAUUAUAUGCAAUUAAUUGUAAAAUAUGAUGAAAAUGUAGAUGGCGGAUUUUUAGCACCUUACGGAACUUAUAAAUCAAAUUUAGAUUAUGAUUGUGAUAUAGUAAGGAAAUUAAUUAUAAAUCGUGAGUUAGCUCCAUUUUUUACUCCAUUACAAGAUUAUAAUACAAGUUGGACAGAUGAAGAAAUAAUUAUUUUAUGUUCUCAACUUACUCUUCAUGCACCUGAAGCUGGUUUUAAUGAAAUUGAAGAAGAGGAAGAUGAUGUGGAUAAUCACAAGAUUCACAAACUGUCAAAUUAUUAUAAAAGACAAGAAGAGAAAGCCAAGUUGAAAUCAUUAGUUGCACGAGUUAAAGAAUUACAAAUGGAAGAAGAAGCUAAGUUUCAUAAAAUGAAGCAGAUUCAAGAUAAACAAUGUUUUUCAAAUGAUUUAUACCUCAAAUUAUACAAAAAUCCAUUGGAAUGUCCAAUCUGUUUUUUAUAUUAUCCAAAACAUUUAAAUAUAUCCAAUUGCUGCUUUCAACCUAUUUGCACUGAGUGUUUCACUCAAGUCAAAAGGUUGGAUCCUCAUCCACCACACGAAACAUCAAAUGAUCCACAACCUCAACAAUUGAUAUCACAACCGGCCAAUUGCCCUUAUUGUGCAAUGACGGAUUUUGGAGUAACAUACAAUCCACCAUUAGAUAUUCAUACGGGUAUAAAUGGGAUAGCUCCAAUGGAUUAUAAAUUAUUAUCUACAAUUGCUCAACCAUCCCCAGCUUCAACUCCACCACCAAUUAUUUAUACCGACUAUAUAAGACCAGAUUGGAAUAAAAAAUUAGAAAAUAGCAGGAAUAAAUUGGCAAGAAAAGCAGCAACUGCAAGUGCAAUACAUGCAAGUAAUUUAAUUAUUGAUAAUAGGAGUUCAGGUAAUGCUGGUGAUUAUAUUGAACAAAGAAUGAUUGAAGAAGCCAUGAGAUUAAGUUUAAUAGAUGAAGAAGAAAGAAAAAGGAAGAAUAGUAAUACGAAAUAG